AUGCGAUUUCUCUGCGGCGUUCCCUGCAUGGACGCCGUUGUUGACGACGACUCGUGCGACCACGUGCGACUGGCAACACCAGACACUACCGCAGCGGUCCUCCGCAAGUCCGCGCAAGCGGAAGGAACUGCGCAACACGGGGAAGGAGCCCCCACCAGGCUGCCGGUUCCCAGGCUCGGCAGCGGAAGCCCCGCGGGACGUCGAGGGGGGAGUGGCGGAGCGCAAGCCGCGGGGACUGCUGUGCCUUUCGCCAAUGGCUCUGCUGGCGGAAGCCGCGUGGCAGGUAGUCGCGCACGCAGCAGGGGCGGCAGCGGAAGCGGCGGAACGAGCGGGAGUAGUGGAAGCGAAUCGGCGGGGCGGCUGGACGAGGGGGUGGGGGAGAGGAGCGAGCGGUGGUUGGGAUCGAACGGCUCUCACGCGGGAAACGCGGCGGAAUCGGCGGGGGAAUCGUCAGACGAUGACGAGGCGAGCGACAGCGGGAUCAUGUUCGCCGGGGCCAAAGCGGAGCUCGCUGAGCGCAUUUGGCGGCGGCAAGUGCGGGGGGCAUUGAGUAAGGAAGGUGCGGGAAGGGAGAGGGGGGCGGAGGAGGGGACGGGAAAGGAAGAGGAAGCAAGAGACGUGGGACGCGGGAACGACGCGCGCGCAGGGGAGCGGGAGCGACGGGGUGAGGAGGCGGAGAUGAUUCGACUGUUGAAGGAGCGGAAAGAGCGGCAGCAGCAGCGGCAGCAGCAGCAACAGCAGCUGCAGCGGCAGAAGCGGCAAGGCCUCUAUCCGGAAACGGGUGGCAUGGGCACAGAAUGCGGUAGCUCGGUGAAACACUAUAUCGAGGACACGGCUGGCCGAUUAGCGGAGCACGAGGAUAGGGGGGGCGAGGAUGGGAGGGUAAGGGGGCAUGGAGAUGGAGGGGAUGCGGGAAGCGGGACGAGCGGCGGGCGGAACUAUUGGCGGGAAGUGGUGCGCCGAGGGGGCUCUGAGCGCGGGGAGCACGACGGGAUGGCGCAAGCAGAGGCGCGGAAAGAAGUGGCGGAGGAGCCGGCGCAACGGGCGGAAGCGGAUUCAGGAGAGGCGAAGCCGGAAGGGAGUACCAGCGACAGCGAUAGCUCUAGUGAAAGGAGUGCUUAUAGCGAGGACAGCUUUGGCGUGAGGGAUAAGCGCGGGUCGAAAAGGGGGAUGCGGGAAGCGGAAGAAUGCGCGGGGGAAGACAUGGGGGGAAUGGACGAGGGGGGGGGGGGGGGAGGGGGGAGAGACCAGGGGCUGAUGGGUUCAACUGGUGGUGGUAGCUCCAACGAUAUUACGACUAGUGCUGCUAGUGCUUUAGUCAGCGGCGUUGAUGCAUCGGCCGCUGCUGGCGGCGGUAGUAGCGGCGGCAUGUGCGGCGGGGGACAGGGGGGAAUGACGCCAAGACGACGCGCGAAGAUGAUUCGACUGCUCGAGGAGGUGAGGGAGGAGGAGGGCGAGGGGGAGGAUGAAGGGGAGAGAGAGGGGCGGUGGGCAGAGGAGAGGAAAUGGGAGGGGCUGGGAAAGAGGGAGGGGGACGGAGCACGUGGCAAGAAGGGAUUGGAGGAUGAGAUGGUGGGUCCUGGUGAUGGGAGGGGGAGGCAGAGUGGGGAGAUGGAGGGUGGAGGGGAGGGAGGAAGGGAGGAAUGCGGGGAGGAGCGGGAGACGGGGUUUGAGGAGAGGGAGAUGGGUUUUGAGGAGUCGCUUGCUGUGUGGAGGGCGAGAGAGGAGGCAUCGUGGCGCGAGAGGGUUGCGGAGUGGGAAGAGAGGAGGGGAGGGGAGGCAUGGGAGGAAGGGGAUGGGGACGAGGGGGAAGGGGAAGCGGAGGAAGAGGGGGAGCGGGAGGGGGAAGGGUCAGAGCUUGUGAGAGAGGGACGGGAGGCGGGGCAGCAAGAGGAGCAAGGGGAGUCGGUUGGAAGGGGUGGGGUGGUGGAACAGAGCUUGCAGUGGUUGGGUUCGGUUCUACAAGAAGAGGAGACAGGAGGGAUAGAGGGAAGCAGAGGAGAGAACGACAGGGAGCUGGCAGUCCAGCACGACCUAACAGCACAGUAUGAGUAUUCUCUCACGUCCUCCUAUGUGACGUUUGACUCACAGCCCUCGCCCACGCCAUCUGGUUCCGAUGCAGCAGACACAGCAACAUCAGCUCUGGCCCCCGCGCACUCCCUCUCCCCCCCAACCUCUUCCACUGCUCCCUCCCUAUCCCCCCUAACCUCCUCCACUGCUCCCUCCUCCCCUCCGCUCCUCUCUGCUUCCGCCCCUGCCGAGCCUGUGCCUCCUCCCGCCACCGCGCCUCCGUCACCCAGCCUGGGCCCAGUGGCGCCGAGCCUGGUGGUGGCUCGGCCGAGGCUGACAUCGAGUGUGAUCCGGAAUGCGCAUCGCAAGGAAGUGCCAGCGGUGCAGUCAGGUGCAGAGGUAGCCGGAGGAGUUGUCUGGGCUGCUAUGGACAGUGAGAGAGUGGAAGGUGGCGAGAGAGGGAGGGGUGGAGAGGAGCAGCGGCGGAGAGGCGGUCAGGAGGCAGGGCGGAUUGAAGGUGAUGCAGGGGGAAAGGGAAGCAGGACGGGGAAGGGUAGGAGGAGAGAAGGAAAGAAAGGCUGUGGGGUAGUGAAGGAGAAGAAAUGUCGAGGGGUUAAGGGUGGUGGUGAGGCGUGCAGAGGGGAGGAGGAAGGGAGUGGGCGUGGCAAGGCUGGGGUGAGAGAGACACAGACAGCGGCAGCAACAGCAGAACCGUUGGAUCCAUCAUCUUCGCAAUCUCCAUCGUUGGAUGCAGCGGCAGCGACGGCAGCCGCACCAGCAGGGGAGCAUGCCGGUUUCCCCCCACCACCACCACAGCGACCAGCACCAACAGCCAUCCCACCGUUAGUAGCACCAGAGGCUGCAGUCACACAGACAGGUUACCACCUCCCCUCUCGCACGUCCUCUCGCUCACUCUCCUCAGCCUCCAUUCCUCCCCAUGCCUCCACAGCCACUGCUGCUGCUGCCGCCGCUGCUGUGGCCCGCUUCCUUGCAGCAGCAGACUCCCAGCUUCAGCAAUCCCUCUCUCCCUUCCCCCCACCGCUUGAAUCCACUGGUAACCAUGUUACACAGGAGAAUGCUUAUCCGUGGUACACCCCUCACCACUCCUCUCAACCGUACUUCUAUGUACCAUCUCCCUUCACACCCUAUCCCAUUACCUCUCCCAACCCCACUGCAUCUUGCUUCCCUCCCCAAGCCAUCUCCCUGGGUGCCAUCAGCACUCCGCUGCACUCUCCGAACCUCUUCUUCCCAGGCUCGGACCUGAACCACGCCACCUCCGCUGCUGAUGCUGCUGCAGCCGCAGGCUCGGCACCGAGCCAAGAUGCACCUGGUUCGGGCUCAGCCGGCGCCCAGGGUUCAGCCCAGGCGAGUGCUCUGUCCCACCCACCAGAGUCUGCUGCUUCCUCCCUCCAGUUCCCUUCACCUGCUGCUGCCUCCUUUCCUCCUCGAGUGCGCUCCCUCACAGCCAUCGGUGCAGGCAUGGAGAGAGAUGGAACUACCACUGGUGGUGGUAAUGGUGGUGGUGGUGGUGGUGGUGGUGGUGGUGCAGCAGCAGCAGCAGGGUCUGCGUUGCAGUGGCCUCACUUCCCUAGCUCUUCCCACGUCGCCCACUCCCAUUUCGCCCACCCUGCCUUUCCCCCGCGAGUGUACUCCCUCAGUGCGCUUGCCUCUGCAACCCAGCAUCAUCAGCAGCAACCCCAUCAGCAGCAGCAGCAGCAGCAGCAGCAGCAGCAGCAGCAGCAGCAGCAGCAGCAGCAGAUGCACCAGGAACAACAGCAACCCUACCAGCAGCAGCAACACCCCUUCCAGAUGCAUCCUUUCUCAAUGCCUUUCCACCAUCCGUAUGCCUAUAUGCAAGGUUACAACGGUUACACCCAGGGAUACAGCGGUAACCAGCAGUCCACGCAGGCGUUACAGCAGCCAAUGAUCAUCAACGCCUCUUGUGCUGCUGAUGCCGUGGCUGCUGCUGCCGCUGUUGGAUCCAGUCACUGGGAUCCGCAGCUAAGUCAGCAGCCAACACAGCAGAAACAGCAGUCGAAAAAACCCAUUCAGCAGCAGCAGCAGCAGCAGCAACAACACCCUCAGCCUCAGCAGCAGUCCAAGCAGCCACGGAAGCCAUGCCUCAAGAAGGGUUCGACGCAGAGCCCCACUUCCAAGGAAUCGCCACAGGAGGCAGGUGCAGCUGCAACAGCACCAUGCAAGCCAGCAGCAGCACGUGCAGGGACAGCAGCAGCACCCAAAGACCCAGCAUCAGCAUGCAGAGGUGGGGUUACCAGCAGCAGCAGCGGUGAGCAGGGGGCAGGUCAGAGACAGUACCUGGUGCUGGAGCUGCCUCCGCCUGACUCUACCGACUCUGCCAAUCCUGCUGCUGCUGCUGCUGCUGCUGCUGCUGCUGCUGCCGCCGUGGAUAGUGCUUAUGCUGCCCAAUCUGAUGCCUUGCCUGCCGGAUUUGGCAGUGGAAGCAGCGGCAACGGAGCAACUAGCAGCAGCGCCCUCCCCUCCAAUGCACUGCCACCUGGGCACAAUGUAUUCCCCUUCCCGCCCUUCCAUCCCUCCUCCUACCACCCCUCCCCCUACCAACCUUUCAUCGACCCAUACACAGGGCUGCCCUGGGGGAUGCCUCCACCAAUGGGGGGGGACCACGUGGCAGCUCCUGGUUUCAGUGACCACCAGCCAUGGAUGAUGCAUCCCCAGGAGAAGCAAGUCCCUUUGUCCACUGCACAGAGCGGUUGGGGUGCUGACAAUUGGACUGGUGGUAGCACUGAAGGAUGGAGUCAGGGGGAGGGUUUGAAAGCAGGUGGUGCUGGUGCUGCGAUUCCUGCACAUGUGGGUGCAGGGGUGGAGGGGUUUGAGGUGCAUACAGGGGUGGAGGGAUUUGAGGUGCAUGACUCGGUGACGUUGCUUCCAGAUGAGAACAGCAGUGGUGAGAGCUGUCGGGUCGAGGGUGGUAAUGGUGCUGGCAGCGGUGGUGGCAGCAGCAGUAGGCGGGUGAAUAACGGGAAGGACGUUCAUCCAAAUGUGGUGAUCAGGCAGCGCAGCACCACCCCUCCACGUCAGCACCUUAUGAACAGAAAUAGUAAUAACCAGGAGCUUGCGCACGAAGCAUUCGCGGACGAUGGCGCUGAACUGGCGCUAUCAGGGCAUGGGGGAACGGGAACGGUGGCCGCGCGCAAUGUUUCCGCUGUCGAGCUUCUCCGCGCUGGGUCGCGCAAUGAAGGGGCGCGCGGGAGAGGGUGGGUUGCGGGGGAGAGCGACGACGAUGACGAUGACGCUAACGAUGACGGUGUCGGCGAUGACGGCGAUUAUGACGGAGAGGAGGACGAGCAACCUGGGAAAAUCGAAAGGGAGCAAGGGUCGGUUGAAAGUGCUGAAAACCCUGGACAAGCGGACGCCUGCGUUACCCAAGAGUUCGUCGUCUCGUCAGCUGCCACCAGUUUUCGCAACAAUGCAACCAGCGCGUCCGUGGAAAUCCCGGCUGACGUGUCCGAUGCCACUGACAGCCGUUUCCCCUCCGCGCCUCGCCUCCCGCGCGGCGUUUCCAAGGAGACUCUCGUGUCGCUCAUCCGCACGGCGGAGGAAGUCGGCGCGCUGCGCGCGACGGAAUCGAAGGACGCCGCGGCUCUGCUGCUCGCAGCCUUGGAAGACAUUUCCGUGCCGUCCGUCCACCGAGCCAGCAGCCUCGGCAAGAUCUCCUGCAGCUCCGGCUCCGGAGCUGCCGCCGCCGCUGCGGCAUCUGCAGCAGAGGCUGCUGCUGCGGCCGCCGCCGCCGCCACCGCUGUAACGGGGCGUUCGAGAAGACCGAUUUUGGGAAGUGGCAAGGUGGCGUGCUUUCCCGGCGCCGGCAGCUGCGUGGUUCCUCGAUCUCUCUCCGCCGACCUCCUCACCACUCGUUCCCUCGAACUAAGUCACUCACUGGAGCUCCGUCAGUUUAUGGAAGAACAGCGUGCUAUCGUGGGGGAUGGGCUGUUGAUUCUCGACCGUUCGAUGGAGAUGCAGCACAUGGCGGAGAUGGACCCGAUCUCCAUGGAGCAGGAGUAUUCCCCGAAACGCGGCGGCUUUGACGGGUCAAUUGAGUUCGCCGGGUCAGCGGCGGUCAACGGCCGGUCAAUGGAGUUCAACCGGACUUUUGAGAUCAAACGGUCCGCCCAGCCGCCCGUUAUUGCCGAGCCUAACUCCAAGCCUACGGCUGCCUCGGCACGAGGCAGCAGCUCAGCUCCGACCCGCCCAGCAGUACCCCGGCAAGAGCCUCUGUCGCCUCUCAUGCUUCCAAGCCAUCUGCAUGAAUCAUUUGCCCCCACUCGUCUCUCUCUUGCGCGUGAUUCGCUAGAGGAAAGUGAGGGCGAGGAAACGGAGGAUAUUAGUGUUCGGGCUUGGGGGAUGCCUCAGGGUGGGCUGCAAGGAGGGGAAUGGACGCGGGCAGCAGUGCAGAUAGAGGUGGGGAAGGGAGUGGCAGCACACAUAUCGACGACCCAAAUGGUGAGGUUCGACGCUCGUAUGCGAGCUUGGAAAGAAGCUGGUCUGGAGAUCUGGGCAUGA